AUGGGAUCUGUAUGUAUAAAAGAAUCUGAGGAAUAAUCUGGAGAAGCUAUAGUGAAAAAUGAUAUUAAAGAUUCAUAGUAGCUGUUUCCUGAGGAAGAAAAUAAUAAGGGAAGACAAUAAUUGAAUGAAUUUGCAAUUUUGAGAGUAUUUAUAGUGAUGAUGCCUAGAACUUAGGUAGAGGCACCAAUGGAAAGGUUAUGUUAGUGUAACAUAAAUAGACUUAGUAAUAGUAUGCUAUGAAGAUAGUAUGUAAAAACAAAGUACAAAGUCUUAAAUAAAAAAAAUACAUUAAAACUGAAAGAUAAAUCUUAGAAAUAUCUGAUUGUAGUUUUAUUACAAAGUUACAUUAUGCUUUUCAAACACAAACUAAAUUAUAUUUUAUAAUAGAUUUUGUAUCUGGUGGAGAAUUGUUUUACCAUCUAAAAAUGAAUGGUAAGAUGUCAGAAAAAAAGGUGAGAUUUUAUGCUGCAGAGAUUUUGCUUGGGUUGGAUUAUUUACAUAAAUAAAACAUUAUUUAUAGAGAUUUGAAACCUGAAAAUAUAUUAUUAGAUAAUGAAGGUCAUAUAAAAAUUUGUGAUUUUGGAUUAUGUAAAUUAUGUUCAUAGGGUGAUAAUUAUGCAAAAAGUUUUUGUGGAACUUUGGAAUACUUAGCUCCAGAGAUUAUUUCUGGUGAUAUGUAUUCUAAAGUAUGUGAUUGGUGGACUUAUGGUGUUUUAUUAUAUGUAAUGUUAAGUGGCAGAUUGCCAUUUUAAAAUGAUAACAAAAAAGAAAUUAUGAAAUCAAUUUUAAUUGAAGAAUUUGAAAUUCCAAAUGAUUUUUCUGAAGAAGCUCAAGAUUUACUUAAAAGAUUACUUAAAAAGAAUCCUAAGGAAAGAUUAGGAGCAAUUAGGGAUGCAGCAGAAAUAUUUGAACAUAACUUUUUUAAGGAUAUAGAUUUUGUGAAAUUAGAAAGAAAAGAAAUAAAACCACCUUUUUAUAAUGAUAAGCCUUUUCAAUUUUUUGAUCAAAAUUUAGUUAGAAAAAGCACGAUUUAAGAUACUCCUGUUUAUGAACUUGGGAAAUAUUAAAAUUUUUCAAAUUUCACUUACAAAGAGGAUAAGAUGAUAAAUGAAUAUAAUAAACUAUUAAUUAUUCACUGA